AUGAAGCUAUCCGGCAUGUUCCGAAUCGGCUUUGUCGCAGCUAUCGUCACUGCGCUCAUCCUGCUUCCAAGCUGCAUCGCUUCCGGCAGCAGCGGCAAGGCGAGUACCUCGACUUCACAGCCAAGUCGCCAUACCGUGCCUAAAACUUCGCCCUGGCCCCCAUCUAAUGCCUACAAUUACAUAGAGUACCUCAAAUUCGAUGGAAACAAUAUAGUGGAUGACAGAACGUUGGACGAAAAAGCUCGUACUUAUCGCGAUGUCCCCUUUUUCUACUCAGAGAGGCCCCACUUCAAAACUCCCUUGUACUCCAUUAACACUCCCACUGCGACGGUCGAACGAGCCCUCCGAGACCAUCAAUCUGUUGGAAUUGUCGAUGUCCUCAAGCGCCGCGCGAUACUGAUCCAAGUCCACAAGGACCCCUACGGAAGCCGCCUCGAACAGCGCUGGUUUCCAAAUAGUGCAUCGGAGCCGAUUAAGCUCUUCCAACUUGAUGAUAAUCUGCAUCGCCUUCGGAAUAGAAUCCGAGCUUCAGAUACCAACAUGAAACCGCCUCGUGAGGAAAGCAUGGAAUCCAUACCACAUGUCAAUGACAAGCCCAUCCUCACCCAAGGCUCUGAAGAUUUCCACCACAUGCUACAUGCCUCCUAUACCGACUCGCGCAAAUUUUACUACGUCCGACCAGGACAAGAUGCCAUAUUGGUCGACCCCCGCACAAACGAGGUGAUUAGCGACCUCGAGGUUAGUGAGAGGGAAAAAAUUCAACACGCUCUGACCGAGUAUUCGGCCGCCAAGCAGGAUUACGGCAAAACAAUCGCAUCUGUGAUCUGGGGCAGGCCUAUCAAAGCCAUGGCUUAUCACAAAGGCGGACGAACGUCGCAUAUUCCACUGACAGAAUAUCCGCGGCUUACGUAUGGAGAUACGAGAGAUAAUAUGAUGCUGAAACUGCAGCAGAACGGACGCUUCCGCAUAUACAGAAAGAUCGAUAGAAAGAAAUAUGCAUACAAGGUAAAGGUGAAAAAUCCUGGAGCCAAUGAAGGCGAAUAUCUGGAAGUCUAUGUUAAGCCACUCUCCCGCCUAGAACGUAAUCAGGAGCGACUUCUGGCUUUAGCUGGCAAGAUCGAAUUGCCUUGGGUGGCAAAGCUUCGUGCCAGUCAUCGACGAUGA